UGAACAUUGCAAACAACUGUCUUGCAAUUUAUCAGCGGACAGACAUCUGAAAUAUGCUAAUCAACUUCUAUCUGCUAAUUGUAACAAACAUAAAAAACUCGAAAUCCCAGAAUCCUCCAGUGCGGCAUCUCCUUGGUGAUGUCAUUUACAGUAGUCCAGUCUGUAGUAGCCUAGCGGCGCUCUCCUGUCUCCUCUCCAUAAAUCCACUCCCCAUAUCAUCUGUCACUAGUUACCUAUAUCUUCGAAAUCAAUACAUUUUUAACGGUUUCUUCUCCAGAAGCGUAUAGGAAACAUCUCCAAUGGCGUCGCCUCUGAAAGUAUGCAUUGUCGGCUCUGGAAACUGGGGUUCAGCCAUUGCCAGGAUAAUCGGCAGUAAUGCUCAGACCCUGCAGCGUUUCGCCACCACAGUCAAGAUGUGGGUGUUUGAGGAGAAGGUGAACGGCAGGAAUCUCACAGACAUCAUCAACACAGACCAUGAGAAUGUCAAGUACCUGCCUGGAUACAAACUGCCUGACAACGUGGUGGCUGUACCUCAGCUCCAGGAUGCUGCUGAGGGGGCUGACCUCCUAGUGUUUGUGGUUCCUCACCAGUUCAUCAGGAAGCUGUGUGAUGAGAUGGUGGGAUGUGUCUCCUCCCAGGCCAGGGGAAUCACACUCAUUAAGGGAAUAGACGAGGGUCCGGAGGGCCUGAAGCUCAUCUCGGACAUAAUCAGGGAGAAGAUGGCUAUCGACGUCAGUGUUCUAAUGGGAGCUAACAUCGCCAACGAGGUGGCAGCAGAGAAGUUCUGUGAGACCACCAUCGGCAGUAAGAUCAUGGAGAACGGCCUGCUCUUCAAGGAGCUCCUGCAGACUCCUAACUUCAGGAUCACAGUGGUGGACGAUGCAGACACUGUGGAGCUCUGUGGAGCCCUGAAGAACAUCGUAGCGGUUGGAGCAGGGUUCUGUGAUGGGCUGAGGUGUGGGGACAACACCAAGGCAGCGGUAAUCAGACUGGGACUGAUGGAGAUGAUAGCCUUCGCCAAGCUCUUCAGUAAAGAUGGCGUUGUCUCCUCUGCAACCUUCCUGGAGAGCUGCGGCGUGGCUGACCUCAUCACGACCUGCUAUGGAGGACGCAACCGACGCGUGGCCGAGGCCUUCGCCAAGACAGGAAAGACUAUUGAGGUCCUGGAGCAGGAGAUGUUGAAUGGACAGAAGCUCCAGGGUCCUGCUACCUCAGCUGAAGUCUACCACAUCCUCAAACAGAAGGGACUGGUGGAGAAGUUCCCUCUGUUUGUGGCAGUGUAUCAGAUCUGUUUCGAGGGCAAGCCGGUACAGGAAAUGAUCUCCUGUCUACAGAGUCACCCAGAGCACCUGUGAGUGCAGCUAGCUAGGUAUGCUAGGCUAACCUCAGAUAGCAGAGCUCCAUCUCUCCUCUCCAGCUGCUCUCCUCUGACCUCUAUCUAUAGAGAAGCUGUUCUUUCAAACAAGGGCCAACCCUUCCCUCCCCUCCCCUUCCCCCCUCCCUUCC